CGAAAACGGAGCUAUGCUGUUAAGAAGUUGCCCAGCCUCACUCGUUCGAAUUCCAUUCAUUCCGAGAAGCAACUACCAUUACUUUUCAAUGUAAAGGACAUGAAAAUACUUGAGGAAGUCGGACAGGGAGCAUUUGGAAAGAUUUAUAAGGUACACCACAAAAACUUUGAGGAAGAUUUGGUUAUCAAGGGUGUUUUACGUAAUGCCGAAGAUUGCGAAACCUCGCUCUUGAAAGAGGUUUCUCUUCUUCAGAAAUUGAAACACCCAAAUCUCCUUUACAGUUUUGGUGUACUGGUUAUGGAUCACCAGUUGUGGCUUGUGACCGAGUUUGUCUGUGCUGGCUCUCUACAGGAAUACCUACUUGAUCGUCCACAUCGGAAGCGUGUCGGUAGCAUGCUCUGUGUUACCUAA